AACACCUCGCCCUCGCACCUGCCACACACACACCCCCGUCCAGCUCGGCUCCCAGAACAAAACUCCAGCAUGGCUGACCCCUGCUGCUCUAGGACUUGUGUUAUUGCCGCGUCCACCCUGUCCGUCUGCUCCAGCGACCUGAGCCUUGGCAGCCACGUCUGCUCACCCAGUGCUUGCACUGGAUCCUCCUGGCAGGUGGACAAUUGCCAGGAGAGCUGCUGCGAGCCCCCGACCUGCGCCCCGGCCCCCUGCCUGACCCUCCUGUGCGGCCCCUCCUCCCCCUGCCAGGGAGACUGCUGCACCCCUGUGUGCUGCAAGCCCGUGUGCUGCACCCCUGUGUGCUGCAAGCCCGUGUGCUGCACCCCUGUGUGCUGCAAGCCCGUCUGCUGCACCCCUGUCUGCUGCAAGCCCGUCUGCUGCACCCCUGCGUGCUGCAAGCCCGUCUGCUGCACCCCUGUGUGCUGUGAGGACUCCCCCUGCUCACGCCCCUCCUGCUGCCAGCCCAGCCCCUGCUGCAGACUCUCCUCCUGCGUGUCCCUGCUCUGCCGCCCCGUAUGCAGGCCCUCCUGCUGCACCCCUGUGUGCUGCAAGCCUGUCUGCUGCACCCCUGUGUGCUGCGAGGACUCCCCCUGCACAACCUCUUCAUGCUGCCAGCCCGCCUGCUGCACCUCCUCCCCCUGCCAGGAAGACUGCUGCACCCCCGUGCACUGCAAGCCCGUGUGCUGCACCCCUGUCUGCUGCAAGCCCGUCUGCUGCACCCCUGUGUGCUGCAAGCCCGUGUGCUGCACCCCUGUCUGCUGCGAGGACUCCCCCUGCUCACCCCCCUCCUGCUGCCAGCCCAGCCCCUGCUGCAGACCCACCUCCUGCGUGUCCCUGCUCUGCCGCCCCAUGUGCAGGCCCGCCUGCUGUGCCCCUGCCUCCUCCUGCUGCCGCCCAGCCUCCUGCGUGUCCCUGCUCUGCCGCCCCGCGUGCCCCCACCCUGCCUGCUGCGGCCCCGCCUCAGGCCAGUCCUGCUGCUGA